AUGCUUGAUCUUGUUUUACAAGCUAUCAGGAAUCCAACAACAUCAGAAGAAGAUGCACUUCGACUUUCACUUAUUUACUCACUGCAUUUUGAUGGCCAAGGCAUUGAUCAAAUUGAUAACGCUUUAGGUGAAAGAUUUGUUGCCGAUUCUAAGCGUUUCUUAUUACAGAAGAUCAAUGAGUAUGCCGGCUCACUCAAGCGAGGUGGUGAUGAUGAGUUAUUCGGCAACAAAUCUAAGAUGGCGCAAUUAUUAAAGACAGUUAAGAGCUUCAAACAAGCUAAUGAGGACCAAUACGAUCUAUUCAAGUCAUUGGUUUUCCGAUUGAUAAAGAAGAUCUCAGAGGGACAGCUCAAAGAAGAAACUUAUCCAUUUGUUCAGAAAAACAACAUGUGCUCCGUCAAACCAUCUAAAGUUAUCAUCUUCGUUGCAGGGGGAGUCACAUACGAAGAAGCACGUGUUGCAGGACUCUUGUCUACAAAAGAUUUCGAAGUCAUCGUUGGAGGAACAGACGUUAUCAACGCCAAGCAAUUCAUAGAAUACGAACUCUUAUAA